AUGGAUUUCGCAAAGCUAGACUCUCUUCUCCAACGCAUUGCAGUACAAAAUGGCUUGCCGGUGGAGACGGUCUUGGAAAGGUGGUUGGAGAAGCGGCAGAAUGAUGCAGGGAAGCUCGAAGGACGAGAGGGGACAUUUCCGUGGAAGCUCCUACCAAGAGAGCUAGCCCGUCGUGGCUACGUCCUCCAGAACUAUCCUGCAAAUGUCCUGAUGCCCGGUGAGAAACGCCCUUCCGUAAGGAGCAAGGGGAUACACGACCUCUUGCUUCGUGAGCGCCGAGUGUUUGCAGAUGCCCUCAAGAACAACCUGCUCACCGUCAAAAUCAUCACCAAACAAAGUGCCCUCACGAAACUCAUGGCCUCCCGCAGGCCCGUCAUCAUCGAGGAGGCGCCUGCACCUCAUUCCAACCACACUCGUGGGCGGCGUUGGUAUGCUGAUGGUCGAUCUGAUCGACAAGGUCUUCCUCGCCUCGGCUUCAAUGACAGCUCUCCUGCGCCAUCCCCCACACAACGCCCUGCUCCUGGGCCACUGUCUUGUGUACAAACACUUAGAUCAUCUCCUGCACGGUGUCCUACUCCUGGGCCGCUAUCUGCACGGCGUCCUACUCCUGGGCCGCUGUCUGCACGAGCUCCUGUGGUAGCUCGUGCAAUGCGUCGUCGGGAGAGACUCAAGGUGUUUGUGGAGGUCCCACUUCCCUCCUGGAGGUCAAAAUUCAAUCUAGAACGAACCCUGUCACCGGUAGGUAGACCCAUCGACGAGCUCAUUCCACGGAUAUCCUGCAUAGGACAAGGUUCACAAUGCCGUGAUGAGGCUGCCCGUAGGGAAGACGGAUCUGGGUCGGAGGUGGAUGAGCUUCUUGCGUCCUGUUGA